GCACGCGCAAGAAGAGGUGCGCUCGAUCGCUCACGGAGGGAGCCUAAAGUCGAUCGGAGAUUAGGACCACCGUUUCUUGUUUUCAUAACCCUUGCUGCCGCUUCGAACCUGGAUUGAAGUCCGGUCUGUUUUGAAUCCGAGCCAGACACAUAGGAACUGUGUCGGGCGCAGCGUGGAAGCAGUCGCACCGCUGCGUCCUCGGGGAGGCUUGUCGGCAUCGAACAGGGAACCGAUAGGAAUGCGCAGCCGGGAUUUGUCCUGUCCGCUAUCACCUGUGACCCGCCCACUCCACCCAGUCAGCUGGUGAGCCCACAUAGGCCAUGCUGAAGCAGGUCCUCCUCAACUCCACCAUUAGCCCUCACCUGGGCCUGGUGCUCAUGGCGCAGUCUUCUGCGAGCACCCCCGCCGCUGUCAAUCUGUCCCACGGCAGCCUGGUGAGCGUGGCCGCCCUGCUGAGGCCCACCGCGGGUCGCGGGGGGGGAGGAGGAGAGGAAGGAGGAGGAGGAGGAGGAGGAGGGCUCCGAGAUGUAGAGCUCCAAAAACCCGACCUCCUCACCUACGUGGUCAUGUGCCUCCUGUUGUUUCUGCUGGUGCUGAUCAUUGUGUUUUUCAUUAACUGUCAGCUGCGGAACUCUUUCUUCGCCUCCAUGCCGUAUGACAGGUCACUGAGAGAGGCCCGGACGUCGUACAAGUAGCCUGGACGGGUGAGACCGCGGACUGCUCCUGCAUAUGAACUCGUUGCCUUCCUCUUUUCUCUCAAGACACUGGACUGUGUGGAUAGGGAUCUGAAAUAAGAGUGCACACAAGACGGGCGAGGCCAGGAUUGAGUCACAACAAGCAACGAUUGUCUUUUGAGUCAUUGAGCACACUAAGGUAUGUAAUGUUGGAAAAUUGGGCCUACUGCAGGAGUAGACCCAAUUCUCGACUUUCAUACUUGGUUGUGUGUCUCUGGAAGCUGAAAACAGCUGUAUGCAACAAACUUUGAUUUUAGCAUUUUCUUUUGACACGUUUGUCUGAAUGCCUGUUUUAUUCAAGUGUUCUGGGAAGUCAGAAAUAAGUCCAAAACGUUGCGGGCGACCUUGAUGAGCUACUAUUUGCUUUGUUUGUGAAUACACGAAUGAAAAAUAUUUUAGGCAGCCUGGAUCAUGUUUCACACAGAGAUUGUGUAGAUAUGUAGCUAUCUAUGCUACACAGCAAUUGUUUUUGAUGCAAAACCAUUUGUGUUAGGCGGUAAAAUUGUGUAUAAUCAAUGAAUGCAGAUAAUAAAUAGUUUCUAAAGUAUUUCAGCGAAUCUCUGCGGGUAACGUCAGAUUACCGGGUCUCGCUGAAUUCAGGGUGUAUGUUUAUUUGCCCCAUGUUUGCAAGUCAGAAGACCUGGGCGUUACAGUUCGUUUCUGACUUGCCAGAUUUCUGGAAUGCAGCAUUCAUAGUGUUUUACCAUGGCCUUUAAAGUCUAUUUUCAUGACAGUAUUAAAAAAAAAAAAAAGUCUUGUGCAAUAAGGCAACAAACAACACAUUUUUCAUCCUGUAGAUUGUACAAUAGUGAUUAAAUGCCAGACCUGAAGUCUAUACCAUGACAUAAAGAUAUUGAAAACCUC